AUGUCGGGUGAUGCGAUUCCUCCCUUACCUAAGAGUUCUAAUCCUCUCGUGGAAAGAAACCUUGUUGAGACUUCUGAGACUUUAACGGAUUCCCGAAAGAGUUUUGGAGAGGGUGUAGAGUUCUCUCAUGUUAUCUCCACUGCGGAGGAUUAUUGGGAGUACUGCAGGAAGUUAGAUCAGCUGCGGUGCCACCUUGGGGAACCUCUCUCACCAGAAGCCGCUGAACUGUAUGGACCCACCUCUAUUUGUUCAAAUCGUAUUUGGCUGCUAUUUAAAUGGCGAAAUAAAAAAUACGGUACAGUUUUACAUGAACCGAAGGAAACAACUGUCAUGUUAGGCCCGGGUUGGCCAAUGUUAUUAUUUAAUUUGUUCCUUCUUCUUCUGGCCUCCGUACUCUUUACGGCUUCCUAUAAAGAUGAAGGGUUUUGGGAAUUCCACGUUGUGGUGUGGGUGUUGGGAUUGAUCACUGUUGUAUUGAUGUUUUGGGUUGCGAUGAGAAAUCCCGGAAUUGUUCCGCGGCGGCAGAAAAAGGGACUAACCACAAGAAAUUAUGUACGAGUGCGAGUACCAGUGCCAAUGUUUAAGAAACUUCAAGAGAAGAAUAAAGCGAUGUCUAAAAAAGAAGAGGGGCCAGAAAUGGGAGUAGAAAACGUAAAUACAACAGAGGUGACUGGAAUCAUACCUGGUUGGUUCUUUGAUGAUAAGAAAGUAACCAUUAAGGAAUGUAAUGUGGAUUUAAAUACCCCUUUUGUUUUGUGUAAUUCCGAAAAAGAAAAAGAAGAAGAGGGAAUGAUGGAGAUGAAUCUAAUCUAUUGUAGAACGUGUAAUAUUUACCGAGCCCCACGUACUCAUCAUUGUUCUGUAUGUGAUUGUUGUAUAGAUGAAUUGGAUCAUCAUUGUGCAUGGCUGGGAUGCUGCGUUGGCAAAAAUAAUUAUCACAUAUUUUUUGCCGCAAUUAUAUCUCUACAUGUGAUGAUACUCUGUGUUCUUUGGUUUCACUUCGUCAAUAACCUUUUAUAUUUUUUACGUCAUCCCUAUCUUACACCUCACCAAUUACUUAAACGCGUAUACUAUCUUCCUAUUGUUACAUUGGCAAUUUCAUUUGUUCUUGGUAUAUUUUUUUCUGGUUUAACGGUGGUACACAUCUAUGUACAGUUGAAGGGUAUCACCACUGUAGAAAUGCUGGGAAAUAAAUUUAAGAAAAAACCAUUUUGGGGUAUUAGCCCUUGGAGUCUCGGUAGUAAAUGGAAGAAUAUGAAGUAUCGCCUAACACCUCACACUCUACCAACAUUCCACUCUGAGGUAUAUUACCCCGUAAUGGUGGCAGCUCUAAUAGAAGACCGUAAGUUGGAUAUACUUAUGCAAUUGCCGAAGGAGGAGCGUGAACGUGUGAAGAAGAAGAUGCAAAGUGAUGACAAUGAAGAAAAGAUAUCAAAAGGAAAGGAGUGA